AUGUUUACCCUGGCUCAAGAAGGAGGUUGUACAAGGAAACGCAAAGUGAGGUGGUGUGAGGUGCACAUUCGCAAGUACGACCAACUAGAGGCACUUUGGCGAUGCAUGGGUGUGGACGAGGCUGGACGGCUUUGUCGAGAAAUUGAGAGCCUGUGUGAGAAGUUCAUGGCUGCAGCCGAUGAGCAGAAUGCCUUUGUGUUUUUUGCCGAUGGUGAACAUACAGAGGAAUUGCUGAGCCAGCAUGAGUAUGAGACAGCCUGCUUGAAAAUGACGAGCAGGAGAAUUCCUACUUUUGAGUACUCUGUCACAUUCAGCACCUCUCGCAAAGGACUGAAUGCUCGGUGGAAAUUGAGCCCUCCCCCCUCCAGUCACUCACAGUGCACAUUCCGUGCGUUCCCACUCGAAGAUCAUGCAGGGACAUGCCUUUUCGGUGUGAUCAUAGGCCUCAAGCUUCAUGCGAGCGAUAUCAUACAUGUGCGGCAGUCCCUUAGUUGUGGUGGUCCAGGUUUGGUGGUUCCUUUUCAGUGCUGGGCCACUGGACACUCACAUGAGAUUUCCAGGGGCAUUGUCGGCUUCCAGCAAUGUUGGUUUGGAUACUACCACACAUAUUGCAGUAACAUAUCUCCGUAUUAUACGAGUGAAAGGACGUGCAUAAUAUCCCAUAUGAUAUGGGCCAGCAAACCAUGGGCCAAAGGUAGAUAUAUCCUCGACUAUGACGGAUGGGCCGGGAGUGUUAUUAUUCCCGAUGGAGACGGAGUAGAUGAGUGGGCCGAUGGACAUGAAUAUUCAAUAGAUGGAUGGGCCGAGGUAGUUGGAUAUUAUGUAGAUGGGUUUACCAAGGUAGAUGUGUAUCAAAUAGCCAGAUGGGUGGGCCGAGGGAGUGGUGAAAUAUUUAUUAUAUAUAUGGGUGGGCUGAGGGAGCGGUAA